AUGCCUUUACAAUAUAGUGCUGCCAAGACUUCUAGUGUUUCAAAGAGUCACCUGCCAUCAAAAUCUCCAAUAAAGAAGUUUCAACGUGACGCUAAGAAGCUUUUGCCUUCGCAAAGUGUGUACAAGAACAAUCUCAGGAAAUCAAACCCAAGUUCUCCUUCACAACUGUCGCCAUCCAAAGUCGACAAUGAAAAGCUACAGAUCCAAGACUACAACGUUCAACUAGAUUACCAACUAUCCUCUCAAGAUGAUGUGGUUGUUGCCGUUGAUACUAUACUUUCAAAUCGAUGGUCGGAAUCAACCGAGUUGCAUGAUCGUUACAAAACAAGAGCCCUAGUAGGAACAGAAAAGGAAAAAGUAUAUCAAAUCAAAGGCCUAGCCUCAAAUUCAAAGGCAGAGUUGUUGAAAUAUAGACAUACAUUACCCCCUGGACUAAUUACUGUUACCCAGUUGUAUGCGAUUUUCCACAAUCAAGGCCCCACAUUUGUAGAUAAGUCUCUAGAAUUAAAUAUCCGGCGAGGUAUUUUACGCAAAUUUGUUAUUAGUAACGCAUCACCGGUAAUACUGAGAUCACUUAACAACUUUCAACUGAAAAAGGUUACAUAUGGGUUUGAAGACAUUGAAGUGAUUGCUAAAGUCGAUUGCUUCCACGCAUUGAUUGAAAAGAUUUUAGCAGGGCUGGAUGAGGUUAGUGCAUCCAAACUAUCCCUAUCAAAGUUUUAUGACUAUAUCAAACGAAACCCAACUGGUAUGUUUAUCUCGACGUCAAAAUUUAGUGAUGAAGAAGUGUCAAAUUUAGUUCAAUUGGGAUUUGUUACUCUAACGUCCAAUCAUUUUAAUGAAAUCGAGCGCAACUAUUCAAUUUCUUACCCAGGAUGUGGAACAUACCUCAAGCUAGUUAAUGAAGGGCGUACUUGGUUGGUGAAGACGUUAAACAAGAUCAAAUACAAAGAGGCCCUAGAGGAUGACAUUUUUAAAAAAUGGCUGGGAAUAAAUCUUGAAGGUGAUCCCAAACUCAACAAUUUCCGAAAGCCAUUUUUUGGUUACGACUUGCAUUGGGUUCUAGCCGAUGCCUUAGGUAGUGGAAUAAUUGAAGUAUUCAAUACACCCGUUGGCCGAGGAUGGCGGCUCACGGGUAAAGUAUAA